ACCUUAUGAAGUUUGAAACGAAGUAGGGAAUAGAUAAUGAGAAAACUCGAGGUUUAAGUGGGGAUGAGGUUUGGAGCUCAAGAAGAAGAGUUGUGUUUAUGACCAAGAAAUUGUUCACAUUGGCCAUGGAUUCUAGUAUGCAUGCCAUCAAAGUGAAUCAAUUUACCUUUUAAUGAACCUAUAUAGUCUAUGGAGUGGUUUUUCUGAGCUAUUGAGACAUUGCUACAAAUAGUGUACCUUGUAAGUUUAUUGAAGAUGCCCAAAAGAGGAAGUCGAGAGAAUGAAGGGCCAGAUGAGAAAAAGAAAGCAAUUAUUCGACCACGAGUUGCAUCAAAUGGCCAUCGUCUGCCUGAUCCUAUUCCUGCAGGAGAAGUGCUGACUGAUGUUAUGAAAAAACAGUGGAAACUAGGAAGCUCAGUGGGUUUGGGUGGCUUUGGUGAGAUUUACUUAGCUUCAGACAACAUUUCAAAAACUGUCGGACCAGAAGCAUCAUAUGUUGUUAAAGUUGAACAUCACACUAAUGGACCACUCUUUUCUGAGAUGCACUUCUAUCAUCGUGUGGCAAAAACUGAACAAAUUGACGAGUGGGUCUUGAAAAAGGACUUAGAUUUUCUAGGAAUGCCAAGGUUUAUAGGGUCAGGAUCUCAUGAAUAUCGUGGGGUCAAGUAUCGUUUCAUGGUAAUGGAGAGAUUUGGAGAAGAUCUACAAAAAAUUCUUGACAGAAGCAAUAAACUCUUUCCUGAAAAAACUGUUUACACAUUAGGAAUUAGAAUUGUAGACAUUUUGGAGUACAUUCACAGUUUUGGAUACAUCCAUGCCGAUGUUAAGGCUUCUAAUCUGCUACUGGGUUACGGAAAGGGCAGGGAAAAUCAGGUGUAUCUUGUAGAUUAUGGGCUAGCUUGUAGAUAUAAUAACAGUGAUGGAACUCAUAAAGAAUACAAAGAAGAUCUUCGUAAAGCUCACGAUGGUACUAUUGAGUUUACAAGCCGAGAUGCCCACAUUGGAGCCCAUUCUAGAAGGGGAGAUUUAGAAAUUCUUGGCUAUAAUAUGCUACAAUGGCUUUGUAGGAAACUACCUUGGGAAGAUGAUCUUAAGGACACAGAGUAUGUUAGUAAAGAAAAGUCUCGGUACAUGUCAAAUAUACCGUUGUUCAUGAAGAAAUGUUUUGGAGCCAGCCAGUGUCCAGAAGGGAUCCAAGAAUAUAUGCUGUAUGUAGCAAGUCUUCAUUUCGAAGCAGAUCCAAAUUAUGAACACUGCAAGCAGAUUCUUCGGCAAUCAAUCAGAAGAGCUGGCUACAAGGAUGACGGGAAACUUGACUUUACCCUUCCCAAAUCCAUAUCAAAUAAAUCUUUUAAGAAAAGGCUAGCAGAAUAUAAAAAGCAAGAAACUUCCCCUAGGAUGAAACGAGCACAGAGAAUAGCUUCUUCAGAUUUUGCGGAUGAUAUUGUGGCUGAUAGACCAAGAACAAAGAAAGCAGCAUCAGACAUACCCGGACUGAUGUCACGUUCCCCUUCCGAAAAUCACAUCAAUGGAAGUAGAAAUAUUUUAGAAAACCCAACCCCUGCUAUGCUGAUGGUAAUGCAAAGAAAAUUAGAACAGCAACAAAAGCAGAAAGAGGACUAAAACUACAAAUAAACAAUGACAACACCUGACCAUGCUAGAUGGUAAUGACAAAGAAAAAAACAAACUAAAAAACCAAAUAGAUAAUCCAACCCCUGCCAUGAUGAUGGUAAUGGAAGAAAAAAACAACUAAAAACCAAAUAGAUAAUCCAACCCCUGCCAUGAUGAUGGUCAUGCAGAGAAAGUUAGAACAGCAGAAGAAAGAGGCUAAGAAAAUUAAAAACUCAAGCCAACUAAACAUCAGUAAAGAUGAAUUAAAUCUCAGAAAAUGGCAACCACUUCCAAAACAUCACCACAAGCGUCCACAGCAUCGUUGAUCAUUUUUUGUACUCUGGUAUCGUAACGUUGUUGACAUUGUAGUCUUUUGCAUAAUGUACAGUGAAAUUUGUGCAUAUUUAGGCUUUAAAUAUGCUACUUAAAUGAAAAUUUUCUCAGCACAACUUUUUAAUGUCUUUUGUAUUGAUAUGUCUUAAAUAUAAAGUAAUAUGCCAAAAUACUGUUACAAAGAUUAGAAUAAAGGUAAUGGAGAGAAGUAAUUUCUUAGCUUAAAUGAAUUUGGUAGGUAGAAUAUGACCAUAGUAAUAAAAUGGAAGUAAAAAUCAUUUUAAAUCAAAUUACUGCUGCUAUUAACAUUCCUUUAACUCGGACAGUAUAAGCUGAAAUUGUAAAUAAGUGUACACUUUUUACAUUUUUUUGCCCCUCCAAAUUGAUUAUUCUUUGAAAAAGUCUAAACCAGCAGCUUUCUAUGGGCAUAUAUAAAUAAACACAUGUAAAUUUCAAUGAAAGUUUGGUUAAAUGUCGUUUUUGUGUAUGUGAGACUGUUUAUCGAAAGCACUUUUAACUCAUUUGUGAAAGAUUCUUCCACCUUGUGAACUACCAUUGCCAAAUUUUUGUUUCAAGUGGGAAGCAACUCUUAGGACUGGUGUUUGUAUAAAAGUGUCUUAGAAAUAAACUUAGUUUUUUUUUUUUUA